AUGCAAAAGGAUUCGCAUCGCUAUGAGAUGCUGGUGCUUGCGGUGGAGGCGUCUUACCUCAUCAUGUACAUUGCCUUCUUCAUCUUAACAGGACUAGAGAAGCCACGAAAGGGUGGUGCUCCUCCGUCCAAGGAUUUCUACGAAAGCUGUGUCGACAGUCUGUGGCAGAACGGAUUGAUGCGAUUGGAAAAUCGAGCUGCGGAAGUUGAUUUGCGAGGGAGGCUGCAUGAAAGCCUGCAGAUGGCCCGCUUCUGCGAUGAAGACUUGAUCAAGACUGACGCAGCUGACUUUUUCAUGUCUGACCGUCCAUUGAGCCACUUCAUUCCUGGUUUGGUGGUGGCUUUAAGAGCCUGGAAACUCUUCGGUUCCCAACUCUGCCGGAUCCCAAUUCGGGUUCCAGCCAGACUGAUCUGGGUGUUGGAUACGACCUUCCAAACCACCGUCCUUUGCUGGUACGGCUUCAUGGCAGGACUUUUCUCGACCUUAAGCCUGCUUAAAGUUGAUGACAACAAGUUUGGUGAUGCCCUCUUUAUAGGACCCAGUAUUUAUGUCUUUUUGCUGACAUCUCUAUGCCUUAUGGUGCUGGAUCAGUGGCAAACCUUGAUUGCGUCUUGCGCAUCGUGUAGUUUUUUUGUCAUCCCUCAAAUGGUGGCGAUCUUCAGAGUUUUUGAUCAGAAGGGACCACUACUUGCCCUUCUUUUAGACUCCAUGAAUCAGUUCGCGCUGAUCAUUGGUGUGGUGGCACUGAGCGUGGCAAGGUGUUCUGCCUGGCGAGACAAGCAGCUAGACUUUCAACGAGAGGAGCAGCUGAAAUCGUUCAUUAUAGACGAAAAGGUCAAGCGGUGUGCCGCUGAGUUUGCCGUCCAGUUGGCUCAAGGGGAGACGUUGAAGGCUACAGAUGGUGAAUCUUCAUACCUUUAUCAGACAGGGAAUCAGCCGUGGCACAGUCCUCCAUCCACUCAGUCUGCACCCGCCCCGGAGCGCUUGGCGCAGGGAACCCGUGGCGACUGCGACCGUUGCGACUGCUUGCCGAUGAAUGCCAAGGUCUAUUUAGAAGGCCGUCCUGCAGCGGUUCCGGCGUCACAGUUGGAAGUGGGCGACCGGUUGCUGUGUUACGACCACCUGGCUGGAAGCAUUCGAUUCGUGGAUGUGAAUGACUGCGGGGUGGUUUCUGGUGAAUGCCAGUGGUCUCACAUCACCAUGGCAGAUGGCACCGCGUUGAGCGUCACUGCAGAACAUCCGGUUCGAGUUGUUGGAGAAGUGGAUGCUGAUAGAGGAGCUUUUGGCCUUGGCGGUGGCCAAGUGGUACAUGCUGGUGAGUUGAGGCCUUCGAAGGACAUGCUGAAGAUCUUGCGCCUUGGUGCGGUGCCAGUCCAAACGAUCCAGCUGCAGCAGAGCGAGGAACCGCGGGUGCGGGUGAAUCUACAUCAGUGCGUCACUGAACAGAAUGAGCAGAUUGCGGCAAUAGUACUGGAUGCCUUCGCAGGAGUUGAGAUGACCGCUGUUGCAGUGGAAUCCUCCGAUGCUCUGCAGGGGCGUGGACAAGCAGACUUGCAGGUGCAGAACACCUUCAUCGCUGGCUUCGGUGAGGACAUCAUCCAGGUGCCUCCAAAGCCUCUUUCAGCUCCAGGAGCCGUGACAGGAGGUGCUUUGCGCCUCCACACUUUGCCUGAAAGCUGUGAAAGGUGUGAAGUCAGUGCUGAUGACUGCCUGGCAGAUCUUGAAACAAACCUGGACUCUGAUGUGGCGGAUGCGGGAAGAGCUUCCAGUUCCAGUGAGGGCAGUCCGGAUUUGCUUCACGCCAAGGGCUGCUGUCAACCCUGUCUCUUCCAGAGCAGGUACUUUGCGGAUCCGGAGAAAUAUCCUGCCUGCACCAAGCCAGAUUGCCUCGCUCGCUAUUGUCAUCUCCCUCAUAGUGAGGAGUACAUAGCCAAGUACAAGUCCUACAAGCGGCGUUACGAGAAAAAGAACCGCACUGCGUACCGGAAAAACUUGGAGGCCCUUUGA